AUGUCGUCCCCAUCAGGCAGCGCAUCAUACCCCGCCGACUUCGACAGCGCCAUGCCCGGCCCUUCGUCGUCCCGCACCAAUGCCGUCGCUGGGCCCUCGUCCCCAUCUCGCGCCAAGACCUUCUACCCACAGUGGCCAGAGACACACGAAGAGGCAGAGUACUACGAGAUCCCUCCAGACCACUUCCUCGCACAGCAACGCGGUCCCCAAAAGGCCGUCGCAGCCCCUGCCCCUGCCCCCGCCGCCGACGCCCACCAGCGCCGCAGCUCCGUCGCCUCCACCGACAGCCGCUCCUCGGAUCCCAGCUCCGCCACCCACAUCCAGCCCCUCGCCGAGCUUGCAACGGCCAUCCAGUCUGGCCUGCCUGUCGUCCCCGCCCCGACCGCCACCCUCGCAGCAGCAUCGCAGCGCUCGUUCCAGGAUGUCAUCCCCACCCCCGCAACGUUUGCCGAGGCGCACGAGGAGAUGCCAGACACCUCGACCCUCGCCGCCGCAGACUUCGACAUCGACGUCCGCUCAGGCUUUCUUCCUCCUGAGGCGCCCGUCAUCAGGCUCAGGGGCAAGCACGAGCAGCUUUGGGAGGUCGCCCUCGACCAGGCAAAGUCGAUCCCGCUCAUGCAGGGCGGCGGCGGCGUCCGCAUCACCUCCCAGCAGCGUCUCGAGGCGCGACGCUGGAGGCGCUCGAUCCGCGAGAUGCCCGUCCUGUCUCUGUCGGAAGAGGUCGCCACCGACAUCCGAUACGCCCGCCGCGGUCACCUCGUCCUCUCCUUCCUCGCCCACUUCUACAUCCACAGCCAGCCGCCGCCCGCCCCGCAGGCCGCCAAGGCCGCUGCAUCGUCGUGGCGCGGCUACUUCUCGCGCAAGUCGCAGCAGCAGAUCGACGACGAGCAGGACGUCGCUGACGAGCUCGAGGGCAAGUUCAGCCGCACCCUCCCAGCCGCGAUCGCCGUGCCUUGGGUCCAGCUCUCGCAGAAGCUCGCGCUGCCGCCCAUCCUCACCUACGCCACCACGGUGCUCUGGAACUGGGCCUACAUCGACCCGGCCAAGGGUCUCGCGCUCGACAACAUCCGCAUGCUCGAGACGUUCACCAACACCAAGUCCGAGGAGCACUUCUACCUCACCUCGGCCCUCAUCGAGAUCCGCGGUGUCGAAGCGCUCGAGCUGAUGCGGGUCAGUCUCGACGAGGCCUUCGUCGGCGACAGGCUCUCGAGGCGCAGGAUAGCCGCCUACCUCAACAGGCUCGCCGUCGUCAUCGCCGACCUCACCCAGCUGCUCCACGACGUCCGUACCGACUGCGAUCCCAAGGUCUUCUACUGGGGCAUCCGGCCUUGGUUCCGCGGCAGCGACGCGGCCGAAGGCGGCGAGGAGCCCGGGUGGCACUUUGAGGGCGUCGAUUCACCCGGCGUGCGCCGCUCCUUCUCCGGCCCAUCGGCGGGCCAGAGCUCGCUGAUCCACGCGAUCGACGUCUUCCUCGACGUCGACCACACUCGGUCCAAGCCGAGGCAGAGCCGGCCCGCAGUCUCUCCGGCCUCGGCGGCCAACGAGUCCGAGGCGAUUCGUGGCGAUAGCAGGGGUGCCGACGCGACCUUCAUGGAGCGCAUGCAGCUUUACAUGCCCGGGCACCACCGCAACUUCCUCACCCACCUUCGCAGCAUUUCGUUUGACGACGAAGAUGACGACAAGGCCGACGAAGCGCGGCUCGCCAACCUCGCGGCUUCCCAGCAGAGCCAGAGCGAAGACGACGUCGCGGACGACAUCGAGGCGCACGCCGUCGAGCGCCCUCCGCCGGUCAUGUCGCACCCAAUCCGCUCGCUGGCGCUCAAGGCGCAGGAGGACGGCCACGAGGAAGGGCUCCCCUCCGCGUACGACAACGCGCUCAAUGCGCUCAAGGCGCUGCGCGAUGGUCACAUGAGGGUCGCCUACCUGUACAUCAUCGCACAGGCUCGCGGCUCGCCUCCAGACGAGUUUGCUCCGCUGCCCAAGGGCUUCACCGGCGUCAUGGGCGUCGAGGACGCGGUGUCGAGGAGCGCUGCCAAGGCCAAGCAGGCGGCCCAGGGCGACGACGUGCUCGAUGCGGCCGACAGCUCUCAGAAGGGCGCCAAAGGCACCGGCGGAACCGACCUCGUCACCUUCCUCAAGGACUGCCGAGUGAACACGACCGAUGCCCUGAUCGCCGCCGGCAAGACGACGAGCCGGUCGAUCCAGUCGGCCACUGUCGCCACUGCCUCUGCGAUCGGAGCGCCCGUCACUUCGACCGGCGCACAGAAUGGCGGCAGCGGCGGGGCCACCUCUGGCGACGGCGGCUCGAGCAGCCGAGCAUCCGAUGGUCAGUCUCUUGACGCGUCCUCUGCGCCCGGCCUCGGGCCUCCGAGUAAAGCCAGCGGCAACACCGAAGCUGACCCUGCCACGACCUCCUCUCCCGCGUGCGGCGGACUGCAGGUCUGGGCCAUUGAUGUGUCCGGAUGGGAACCGGACGCGGAUCGAUUCUCGAGCCUUGUCGACCAGCUGCUUCCUGGUUCGAUUGCGGCGGGCGAUCGCGAAAAGAUACGCAAGUACUACCGCCAGGUGGACCGGACGCGGUCGCUGGCGGCCAGGCUGCUGCCGCGGCUCAUGUUUGCGCGGCACUACGGCGUCAGAUGGGACGAGAUGCGCUUCGCAGCGACGCGGGAAGGGCGCCCAUACCUCGAGGCGCCCUCGCUGGCCGGCGCAACCGACUUCAACAUCAGCCAUGACUCGGACUGGGUCGUCCUGGCCUUCCACGCUCCGACGCGUACCCCGUCGGAGCGCUCUGCGGCAAAGGAUGCGACGCCGCCGGCCGUUGCGUCCGAUCGGGCCACCUCGCUGCUGGGCAGCGCGCCCGUCUCGCAGUCCAUGCUGCGCGUCGGUGUCGACGUGAUGCAGAUCGCGCUUCCCAAGUUCGAGCAGGACGCGCGGUCCUUUGCUGAGACGAUGGACAUGGCGCUCUCGCCCGACGAGCGCCGGUGGGUGCUCGCCCCCCUCUCGCCAGGACCACGCAGCAGGGAGGUAGGAGAGGCCGAGGCGCUGUCUCGCCUCUUUGAUCUCUGGACGCACAAGGAGGCCUUUACCAAGAACAUUGGCAAGGGGCUGGGCUUCGACUUCAAGACGGUCGAACUGGCCCUCGGCUCGCUCGGAGAGGAUCGUCAUCGUCGAAGCACUUCGCCGGGCGAUGUGAUCCUCCGCAUCAAGGGCGUUGCUGAGCCCUCGUACAGCUUCGUCGAGGUCCAGCUGCCGGGCCAGGCGGCAGGAGGCGCGCCCUCGCAGGUUGUCGUCGCCGAGGGUCCCUUCGACGAGUCCGAGCGCGGCGGGAGGAGGCAGGUUGGCCCGCCCAUCGAGCACGACGAGGCGGUGCGGAGCGGACUGCUCAAGGUUUGGACGAUGGCGCAGAUUGUACAGAUGGCCGAGGACGCCGUCGCAGGGCUGUAG